AUGGAAAAAAAGUUGUUCAUGAAGUGGCAAGGGUAUCCGGUCGAGAAAAAUAUCUUGUAUCAGGAUAACACAAGCGCAAUUCUACUGGAAGAGAAUGGUCGCAAGAGCACGGGCAAACAAAGCCGAGCUAUCAAUAUUCAAUAUUUCUUUAUCACAGAUCAAGUUGAGAAAGGAAAUGCUAAGAUCAAAUACUGUCCAACUGACGAUAUGAUUGCGGAUUUCAUGACUAAGCCAUUGCAAGGUGAGAAGUUUCGCAAGUUCAGGGAUCUGAUUCUUGGUCCACAGGACUAG